CCAGUAGUGAUCCCUUCUGGACAGGACUGGGCAGCACUCCAGCCAUGCUUUUUAUACUGUGCAUUGUAUCUUUGCUACUUAGUCCUGCUUUCUUAUCUCCUGUGCAAAAUGAUCCCUUAUUUAAACAUAUUGAUGACCAUUCACAUGAAUAUAUUCAGAGAUUGAAAGAGUGGGUAGCAAUAGAAAGUGAUUCCAGUGACCCGUCAAAAAGAGACCAGGUUGAACACAUGAUGCAAGUGACAAAGGACUAUAUCUUAAAGAUAGGUGGAAAAGUAGAGAUGGUAGAACUCGGUGAUCAAGAGUAUUCCCCCGGGGUAAAAAUUCCUCUGCCAUCUGUGAUUCUCGCAGAAUUCGGAAAUGACAAAACCAAACCAACUGUUUGUUUCUAUGGACAUAUGGAUGUACAGCCUGCAAAGAAGGAUGAUGGAUGGGAAACAGACCCAUACGUUCUCACAGAAAAAGAUAGCAAACUGUUUGGAAGAGGAACCUCUGAUGACAAAGGACAAGUUUUAGCUUUACUUCAUGCAGUGGAAUCUGUUAUGAAAUUUGACCUUCCAGUAAAUGUGAAGCUAUUUAUUGAAGGAAUGGAGGAGGUGGGGUCAAAUGGUCUUGAAAAAAUUGUUGAAGAGAAGAAGGACACUUUUUUCUCCAAUGUUGACUAUAUUGUGGUAACUGAUACCCCCUGGCUUAGCACUAAACCAGGCAUCACCUAUGGAGCCCGAGGAAACUGCUACUUUUUCAUAGAGGUUGAAGGUGCAAGGCGGGACCUUCAUUCAGGAGGAUUUGGAGGAACAGUAUAUGAAGCCAUGAGUGAUUUAGUGUAUUUACUAGGUGUGCUUGCUGAUGUGAAUGGAAAAAUACUGAUUCCUGGUAUUUAUGAUGAUGUUUUACCUGUUACCGAACAAGAAAAAGAGUUAUACAAAGAUCUUAUAUUCGACCUGAAAGAUAUGCAGAGAGACUCAGGAGUAAGCAAAUUUCUCCAUAGCACGAAGGGUGAUCUACUUAUGCACAGAUGGAGGUUUCCUUCUGUAUCAAUCCAUGGCAUUGAAGGAGCAUUUUCAGGAUCUGGUACAAAAACAGUUAUACCUGCAAAGGUUAUUGGAAAGUUCUCAAUUCGUCAGGUUCCUAAAAUGAAGCCAUCUGUUGUAGAGAAACAGGUAUCUAAUUAUCUGGAAAGCAAAUUUGCAGAACGUAAGAGCCCUAACAAAAUGAAGGUAACCAUGGUCAUAGGUGCACAGCCCUGGUUAGCAAAUAUGAGUGACCCUCAAUAUCUGGCUGCCCGAAAUGCAGUGAGAAGAGUUUUCAAUGUGGAAGCAGACAUGAUCCGUGCAGGAGGUACAAUACCAAUAGCGAAAAACUUUGAAGAUGUUUUAGGAAAAAGUGUCAUGUUACUUGGUAUUGGUGGACCAGACGAUGCUCCUCAUGGCCAGAAUGAGAAAAUAAGCAUGUACAAUUAUAUUGAAGGAACAAAACUGUAUGCAAGUUUUCUGCAAGAACUUGCAUCCAUCUGAUCUAUUGUACUGUUAUUCAUUAUAGAUACUGCUUUUCUGCACUGCAACAUCAUUCAUAUAUGCUAUAUUAGCAACUGUGUAUGCAUUCAUUUUCCGAAUGAAAAAGAAAAAAUUACAUGGAUAUUAGUUCUGUAAACCACAAUAUAAACAAAGGAAAAAGGGUAAAAAAAAACCAUGAUGGUAUAAGAGCCCCUGAUUAACAUAGCCAUUUAUAAAUGCAUCUGCUUUGGCUGACAUACGUUUUAAUGCAUUGUUCAUGAUGUCAUUACUUUAAUGUUUAUGAUAACAUUUUCAGCACAUUAAGGCAAAAAUCUGACAAUGGCAUAUGGCAUAUUUUAACCUUAAAACUGCAUACUAGUAGAAUGAUCUGUCAAUACGCUACAAUUUCUCUGCAAUCCUUCCAAAGAAGGUUUUACUGCGUUUUAACCAUUUAUACUGAUGAUAGAAACAUUACGGUGUAAUAAUUUGUGGGUGUGUGAUUUGAAUAAGGCUUUAAAUUCAAUUAACAAACCUGUGCAUUCUUGUGUGUGAAAAAUAAACAAAUUUUGCAUUUAGCAUA